AGAACAGUGCUCGGUGUCAUGGUCCGUUAACUCCGACUUCUGAUACGCCGUGUCACUCACACCCAUUUCAGACUCACCCUUCACUAAUAACGAGCAACGACGACGAUCGGAUGGUGUAUUAGCGGGUGAUGGUGGCGGACGGUUGUUUACAAGCGCUGUAAUAUGGAAACUUCUGAUUCAGAUGAGCCUGAGAAAAAGCGCCCUCAUCUGAACAACUCCGACAUGGCACGUCACCCUAACCCUUCUCCGGAAAAUGGCACCGUUGAUGCGACAGUGCUGCAGUAUCAAAAUCAGAAACUUGUUCAGCAGUUAGAUGUCCAGAAGCAGGAAUUACAUGAUCUAGAAGACAAAAUCAAAGAAUUAAGACAUGAGCAAACUUCUUAUGAUGACUUUUUGAUCAAAAUCAACCAACUAUGGAGACAGUUGGAUGAUGACUUAAUUCUCCUUGGAGUACGAACUGGAGCAGGCCAAAGUGCCUUGGAAGCAUUGCAACAUGCAGAUUCUUCACGAGGUUCAAUCCCUUCUUGUCCUGCUGAGGAAAUAUUCCUUUGCAGACUCCUGCAGUCGGAUUCCAUUGAAAAGAAUGGAAGUGAAGAACGACUUAUUUAUAUAAAAGAAGCUCUUGCUUUGAGGCAUUCAUCUACUCUAGAGUUAAUGAAAUUAAUAGAAGAUACUAUUCAAGCCCUGAUGUGUAAAAUUGAGAGCAUUGAUCAAUCUUUUCAUGAAAAAUCAACCACAGAAGAUGCGAUUAUUCAGUUGAAUAAGAUUGAUGAGUUGAUGAAAGAGGAAGUUAAGCAAUUACAAAUAGUAAUAGAAGCUCUCCAUUUGAAACAUAAAGAAUAUGCUGACAUGAUUCAGAGUUAUAUUCAUACCCAUUCAGUGGAUCAAUCCGAAAUCAAACGUGUUGCAGGUGACCUGGAGGACAGCAUGGCAGAACUUGAAGAAAGUAGAAGAAAACUUGUGAAUUUAAAAAUGCAAAAGGACAGAAUCGCCAUUGUGCAAUCUCCAGUUCCAUUUGCUGUUAAUGGAAGUAUUUCACCUGAAAAUACUGUAGAUAAAACUAUGGGAUUACGCGAUUUAAAAGACUCCAUAGAGGAAGCAAAGAUAGUAGCAUCUGAUCGUCUUUCUGAGCUUCACGAAGCACAAGAGGACAAUAUGGUCUUAUCAAAACAAUUACACGAUCUUCAGAAUGAACUGAAGGACAACAAAUAUAUUUACACAUCACGCCCUUACACUUUACUCAAUGAUCAACUUCCAUAUUGGAAAUCUGAAGUUGAGCGAUUCAGGGUGGUGAUAGAUUCCUUACAGGUUGAUAGGUUUGCAGUUAUGCGAAAAGAGAAAGAACUGAGUUUAAAAACUGAGUCAGUAGAUGCUUUGAAGAAUCCUAUUGACAACACUGAUUCCACUAUUGAAGAAUUAGAGCACAAACUUCAGCAAUACAUUAAUGAGAGCAAUGAAUUGGAGAUUAAAAUGGAAGAAGCUGUUCAAGAUUCAGAGAGAAAAGACAUUAAAGCAGAGUUUGAAGUCAUGGGCUCAGCUUUAUCUAAAGAAAUUGGAAUGAUGACAUCACAAUUGAAUCGAUGGAAAGAAACAGGAAGUGAAGCUCUUAAAUUACAAGAGGAAGCACAGUCACUUAGGGCUUUGGUGGACAAAAAGAGUAGGGAACAUAAGGAAUUGGUGGAUAGCUGUUUUGAACAGAGUUCAGAGAUCAAGAAUUUACAAGCCCAUAUUGAGAGACUUGAAAAGGAAAAUUUAGAAUCACAGAUUUUUCUGGAUAUGCUUGGACAGAGAAUAUAUGACAAUAGGGAUAUAAUGGAAAUAAAGGAAUCAGAAAGAAGAGCUCAUUCACAAGCUGAAGUUUUAAAAAAUGCAUUUGAAGAACACAGUUUGGAAUUAAGGAUUAAAUCUGCUAAAGAAACUGAAAUUGCUUGCCAACAAAGAUUAUCCAUCACUGAAGCUGAAAUUGCUGAUUUAAGGGCUAAAUUGGAUGAUUCAGACAGGGAUGUUUUGGAACUUGAAGAGGCUAUUAAAAUUAAAGAUGGAGAGGCAGAGUCUUAUAUUUCUGAAAUUGAGACUAUAGGUCAAGCAUAUGAAGAUAUGCAGACCCAAAAUCAGCAUCUGUUGCAGCAGGUGAUGGAGAGGGAUGAUUACAACAUUAAGGUGGUUUCUGAAAGUGUAAAGAUGAAACAAACACAUAGUGCUCUACUUUCUGAAAAACAAACAUUAGACAAACAGCUUCAACAAAUGAAUUCAGCAUUUGAAUCACUAAAAUCACGGAUUGCUCAUUCAGAAGAACAGAUGAAUGGUUGUGUGACACAAGCUCUUAAGUCAACCGAAGAAGACAGACACCUGGCAAUCAACCUUGAAAACAGCAAGUGGGAAUUAUCGAAUGCUGAUAAAGAAUUGAAGUGUCUUAAAUCAUUGCUUUCUUCUUCAGAAAAGGAAUAUGAUCAAGUCCGUAGGAAGAUGGAAGAGAUUCAAGAGGAGUUGGACAAUGAAAGAAUGGACAGGAAGAAGCUUGAUGAGGAGCUUGUUGAACUAAACAUGAAGGUUACAGAAUUAACAUUAGGAAGUGGUGAAGCUGCUAUUCAAAAACUCCAAGAUGAAAUCAAGGAGUGCAAAUCUAUUCUCAAAUGUGGGGUUUGCUUUGAUCGACCAAAAGAGGUGGUGAUUGUGAAGUGUUAUCAUCUAUUUUGUAAUCCGUGUAUUCAGAGGAAUUUAGAGAUCCGACAUAGGAAAUGUCCUGGUUGUGGAAUGGCUUUUGGGCAAAAUGAUGUUAGGUUUGUCAAGAUAUAAAUAUUUUAUAGGAAUUAGUUAUUAUUUUUUUUUUUUUUUGUAAACAUAAAAUAUGUGGGCCAUAGGAGGGAGAUGGGUGUGUAAUUAGUAGGGGUUACGUUACGUGGAAGUGUUAGAAAAAUAUGGCUGGAUAUUUUGAUAGAAUUGUAUUGAAAGAAGUGUGAUGUGGUGGUUUUCAUUUUUAUUACGGAAAAGGUUAAAAGAUGAC